AUGAGAGACCAAUUUUUGCGACAUAUAAACAAGACUUUGGUAAUGUUGCCAGACGUAGGUACUUACGGAUUUCUUUUGUACACUUUUAUGUAUCUACCGUUUGGACAACAGAGGAGUAAAGAGGAAGUCACAGCGACAGGCGACGUUGAUAUUGGUUUACUUGAAGGCAGAAACAUGGUGCUCGACCUGAAGAAACGAUUUUUUUAUAACAAGGGCAGCGUUUUUCAGUAUUUAGCGACGAUUGCAGGCGCCUUCUCAGUAAUGAGUUCAGGGAUAAACCUAGGCUGGACCUCUCCCUAUAUCCCCAAACUGACAUCAAACUCUUCAACAAUCCCUACCACGAGCGACGACGGUUCCUGGUGUGCUGUAGCACCGCUGUUGGGGUCACCUUUCGGAGCAGUCUUAGCUGCUAUUUUGGCCGACAAAAUAGGAAGGAAGAACACCACUUUACUGAUGGCCCCCAUAGUAUUCGCUUGCUUUGUUGCCAUAGCCUUUGCCAAUUCCAUUUGGUAUAUAACCAGCUUGAGGUUCAUCAUAGGAGGGACUGAGGGAGCGUUGUAUACGACGCUUCCGAUGUACAUUGGAGAAAUUUCGGAUCCUAAGAUUAGAGGAUUCCUCACAGCGACUAUAGCCAUAUUCGCCAUCACUGGGACUUUGUUCAUAAACGUCAUAGGGUCUACGAUGGAUAUAUUCACUUCAAGUUUGAUUUGUGCUGCGGUUCCCCUCGUUCAUUUCGUUACUUUCGUCUUCAUGCCCGAGUCACCGUACUAUUAUAUCAAGAAACACAACCACAAAGAAGCUAAGAAUUCUUUGGAAAUACUGAGAGGGACUUCAAGUGUUGACGAUGAAAUGGAUGCGUUGUGCAAAGCCGUCAUCAGGCAAGAACGAAACGAGAAACCAGGAUUUUUCGAUUUGUUCACAGUGUCCAGCAACAGGAAGGCUUGCUGUAUCUUCCUCAUCCUUUGCUUGACCAAUAAAUUGAGUGGAAAGAACCCUUGCUUGUUUUACACGGAGACUAUCUUCAAAGAGGCUGGUACCAGCAUCGACGCUACGUUGUCAGUAAUCAUCUACUGCAGUGUAGAACUAAUAGCCGUGGCUAUAACAACUAUUUUCAUCGUAGACAGGUUCGGGAAAAGAUUGUUGAUGAUAACUUCCACCGCUGGUUGUGCUAUCUCAGUUUUUCUGUUAGCCCUGUUCUUUUACAUGAAAGACUACAACUUUGGAAGCACGGAGACUCUAGACUGGCUGCCAAUCACUGCUCUUGUAUCGUACAACAUAUUGUUCAGUAUUGGACUGUCUUUUGGGCCUGUUUCUGUUUUAAGUGAGCUGUUUCCAACAAGUGUAAAGGCCAAAGCUUUAUGCAUAGCUGACAGCUUUUCUGUUAUGAUGGGUACGAUAGUCUCGAAGUUUUUCCAAAUAGCUAUGGACGAAUUCGGCACUAUGACAGUGCCGUUCUUUUGUUUCUCAGUUUGCAGCUUGAUCGGUCUGAUAUUCGUUAUUAAGUAUGUGCCGGAAACUAAGGGGAAAACGCUGGAAGAAAUCCAGCAGUUCCUCAUCGGCAAGGAACAGGAAAACAUUGAGAUAAAGGAGAGAGGGUUUAAUCAGGGGUAGGGAGCUUCUUCAAUUUAGUUUUUUAGAAAACAACGUUCUUAAAUUGAAAUUUUAUAGAAAAAAACUUAUUGAAAUCAUGUUGGCAUAGUAAAUUUUUGUAUUCUUGUAUAAUUAGAUAUAUUUAUCGAAUAUUAUUCGUUGUAGGUAAUAAACUUAGAGAAAUAUUGUACUGAUUGAAACAAAUUGUGAUUUCCUUUUGUACUGAUAUCUGUAAAACGAAAAGAACUGAUUUGUAUAUUUCUGUACUGCUGUAAUUAAUUAUUAUUUUAUAAUGUAAGUAAAUUAAAAAUGUUAUAUUUAACGAUUGGUUGUUUAUCUUGAACA